AUGUCUGAAAUCACUACGAAUGAUGCACGUCGAAGACCACCGUCAAUAUCACAGUCUCCCUUUUUUGAUAUUCCAGCCAUGACAGCUUUGCGAUGCAUUGCUAUGGACAUGUUAACGCCAGAAGGCUGUGAUUACCCCUGUCCCAUACCUGAUGAGGACCUGCAGACAAUGAUAGACGCGUUGGCACAAGACACGAAGUACAGGCUUGGCUUGGUUGUAUGGCACUAUGACGCCAAUCCGGUACCGGUAUGCACCAGGGAAAUGAUCCAAGUUGGUGGUCAUUUGCGAAUGAAUCAUGCGCGUUUACCGAGCACCGUGAUUACAAUAGUCGACCCAGGACUUGAACAAGGUUCAGCUGCUUCUGAUAUCCCUGUCAAAUCGCCACGACGGAAGCGCCUGGAGUGUUACAGACCCGACUCCUCACAGAUAUAUCCAAAAAUUUUGUCAAAUCCGGACAAGAAGAACCUGAGAAAAAGAAAGGCAACAUUGAUAUCUUCUGGCGAGGAUGCAGAACAGCAACUGGAGAAGAAAGACCGAGACGAGAAAUCCUUCAAAUCGCCGCAUAUAAUUUCCGAGACACGAGCAGUAGAACACUCCCAGGAGACAAUAUUAACGACUACACGCAAGUCCUUUUUUCCACCAUUGCAGACGUCUGAUUCUGCACCUUACUAUGGCCAAAAGAAAAAUGAGGCACUGUCGAAGCAUGAGUUUGAGUCGCUUCCCAUAGAAAACACGAAAACAGAUCAAUUGGAAGACACCCCCAUCAAUGGAACAGAGUUAACAUCUGGUCUUGAUUUCUUGAAUUCUAUUUCGCAUGAGGAGAACUACUGCUUUUCCUGGUGGAGAUAUCGGACCGAAGAUCAAAUUCCGCAUCUCAAAGAUCCUAAGAAUCGAAUUUUGUCGGUUAUCAUUUCCUUGAAACGGUCCGGAAUUGCAUGCGAGCAAUAUAGAUUGUUCUUACAAACAUCAGCCGCUGAUGAUCUUCGUCGACGUCUACUGCCCCUUCUUGGAAGUCAUCGUCAUUGCAGCCUUGUUUUCAUCGUCCACUUCCUGACUCUUAUGUGUUUACUUCCGGUUCACGACGAGACCAGCUUGGAUCUAGGAUCCAAUCAAAUUAUGGACAUAUUGCGAGUUCAUGAAAUCUUUCGAGGUCGGCUUAUGCCACUUAGCUCCACAGAUUUUCGUAUCCUAUGCCGUCUCGCCUGGCGAGCGACCCAUUUGCUGCAGGAUGUUCAUUCGAAUAUUUUCCGUGAGUGUCUACAACUACCGGCGUUGGACAAGCGGCACAAAAUUUUCGAUCUUUAUCUAUCCUUUCGGCUGAAAAGCGAAUACCAUCAUGAUUGUGCUGUGGUUGCUGCAGUGCCUGCCCCUGUACCAUCGUUUAUAUACCUUACAGAUGUGGCGGAUGUCUUGGAGGGCAUAUCUACGUUUUGUUCGACCAAUACAGAUCUCCACGACGAGCUUAUGGGGGCACUUCUGGUAACUGUGAAGAUUUGUACAGACGAGGAACGCUAUUGGUCUCAGGAGAAUUGCGACAAUGGAAAGUUGGUACCUUCAUUAGAUCCGCAUUUUUGUCACAUCAAGAGAUUGAUGGAAGAACCGACAGGCGAAAGAACAAUUGCGGCCUUGGAAUCACUGCGCGAAACACACAGGUUCUUCGAGAACUUCACCGUGCCAAUCUCAGGCGACUGGUUACUAGCGAAAAAUCAUCCAGGAACCAAAAUGUGCUGGUACCUCUGUUCACUACUUCCGUCCUUAUUGGAAAGGGUCUCCGGCCUUAACAAAGUUUGCGUAACUUGA